UUCGGUUACUUGCCCAUUCAACGGGUUAACUUGAAACCCGACUCAUCUGUCACUUCACUGCAACACUUUUCUCAUCUCUAACCUCAAAAACCCUAACUCCUCUUAGAACCCUGCAUUUGAACCGUACUCGCUCUUAUUCUGUAUCAAAACCCUGACUUAAUGGCUAAAACUAUAGAGAAACCAGCAAAAGAGAACGUACAGAAAGAAGAAAUAAAAGAGGAAUCGGAAGAAGAAGAAGAGCAGACCUUUGAAAAUCUUGGUCUGGACCCUCGUUUAAUUCGGGCGUUAAACAAGAAAGACAAUAGUAUUUCAAAGCCAACUCCAAUCCAACGAGUCGCUAUCCCGUUAAUCCUAGAAGGGAAGGAUGUGGUUGCGAGAGCAAAAACUGGUUCAGGGAAGACCUUAGCUUACCUUCUUCCUUUGCUUCAUAAGCUGUUUGCUAAUUCUGGUUCGAACAAGAAGCUUGCCCCAUCUGCAUUCAUUCUUGUCCCUAGUGGAGAGCUGUGUCAGCAGGUUCAUAAUGAGGUUUCUUCACUAAUUGAUUUAUGUAAGGCUCAACUGAAAGUUGUACAGUUGACAAGCAAAAUGCCUGAUAAAGAUUUGCGGACUGCAUUGGCUGGUGCUCCUGCUAUUCUUGUAUCAACUCCUGCUUGUAUAGCCAAGUGCUUGUCGGCUGGUGUGCUUCAAUCAACAUCUAUAAACGAUUCACUUGAAAUUCUUAUUCUUGAUGAGGCAGAUCUUUUAUUGUCAUUUGGCUAUGAAGAUGAUCUUAAAGCUCUAACAGCUAUUCUUCCUAGACGUUGCCAAUGCCUUCUUAUGUCUGCCACCUCAAGUGCUGAUGUUGAUAAGCUCAAGAAGCUCAUUCUACACAAUCCAUAUAUUUUGACUUUGCCAGAAGUCGAAGGUGUUAAGGAUGAAGCAAUUCCCAGAAAUGUUCAGCAAUUUUGGAUUUCAUGCAGUGAUCGUGACAAGUUACUCCACAUUCUUGCCCUUUUGAAGCUGGAGCUGGUUCAGAAAAAAGUUUUAAUAUUUACUAAUUCCAUUGACAUGAGUUUCAGGCUGAAGCUGUUUUUGGAAAAGUUUGGAAUCAAAUCUGCUGUUCUAAAUGCUGAGUUGCCACAGAAUUCUCGUCUUCAUAUACUUGAGGAAUUCAAUGCUGGCCUUUUUGAUUAUUUAAUAGCAACUGAUGACAGUGAAACAAAAGAUAAGGAACAAGGGGAUGGGAGUCUUCCUGAAUCGAAAAAAUCUAAAAAACAAUCUAAGCAAAAGUUGGACUCUGAAUUUGGAGUUGUGAGGGGCAUUGACUUCAAAAAUGUACACACGGUCAUAAAUUAUGAUAUGCCUCUAAGUGCUGCGGGAUAUGUACAUCGAAUUGGACGUACUGGAAGAGGAUAUAGUACUGGUGCUUCUGUCUCUCUAGUUUCUCCAGAUGAGAUGGAAAUCCUUGGAGAUGUAAAAUCCUUUUUAGGGGAUGAUGAGAACAAAGAUUCAGACAUAAUUGCUCCUUUUCCAUUACUCACUAAGAAUGCAGUAGAGUCUUUGCGAUAUAGAGCUGAGGAUACUGCUAAGAGUGUGACAAAAAUUGCUGUCAGGGAAGCACGAGCUCAGGAUUUGAGGAAUGAAAUACUAAACUCUGAGAAGCUGAAGGCUCAUUUUCAAGCUAAUCCAAGGGAUUUAGAUCUAUUGAAACACGACAAGGUUCUGAGCAAGAACCCGCCUGCUCCUCAUCUCCGUGAUGUGCCUGACUACCUACUGGACCCAACAACUAAGGAAGCAAGCAAAAUGGUCAAACUAGCCAGAGCCGCAAUGGGAAAUAACAACUCUACUCGCCGGCGGGGAUCCAAGAUGAAAUUUAAGAAAAGCAAAGACCCACUGAAGUCUCUCUCUGCUGAGGCAUUGAAGAAAGGUAACAAUGGUGGGAUGAGAAGAGAAGGACAAGACGGUGGCGAUACUCACAAACACAAAAAGAGAAGAAAUGUUUGAGAAAGUCUUUUGACCCUUACAAUUUUGUAUCAGUUUCCAGUUGCUGUAAAAUAACCAUUUUUUAUACUUAUAAAUUCAGAAGAUGAUAAAAGUUGGCCAUAUUAAUUCUUUUAAGGCCAAAGUUGUGGCAAUCUAAUUCCGUAAGCCACUGCUGAGGCCAGUCUGCAGAUAGAAAAUUAGUAUUGUCGAACAAGGCUUUUGCCAAAAGCUCUCUGCCAUGAUUCUUACUAAUUAGUUGGUAAUUUUUGUAGAAGACAAUCGACUAAUCGAGUUUGAAUACUUAGAGAAUGAUUUAACAUUUUUGGACCAUAA